GAAGAAGAAGUGGAUCUCAGCACUUAUUUUUUUCUGAAGCCUUGAGUGCUGUCGGAGACUCGUGUUGCCUCAUUGCAUAAAGAAAUGUCAAGUGUUGAAAUAACCAUGUCUCCAGGUCAAGGUUUAAGGGAAUAUAUCAACGAGAGACUAACUGCUGCUGCUGAAGAAAUAUUCGGAGCCUUUGAAGGGACAAUCGUCCAGUAUGAGGAGGAGAUUGAUCGUCAACGCAAAUUGCUGGACACCAUCUUAAAACCUGAGAUGAACUCGAGCAGAAUAGACUCCCCACAACAACAUGUCUGUAAGGAGGAGGAGGAGGUUCUCACUAACCAGCAGCUCUGUGACCAGGAGAUGAACACCAGUGUGGACCAGGAGGAAGCAGAGCCUCCACAGAUUAAAGAGGAACAGGAGGAGAUUUGCACCAGUCAAGAGGGAGAGCAGCUCGUACUGAAGGUGGAGACUGACACCAUUUUGGUGACUCCAAUUUAUGAGGAAAGUAACCACAGUGAACCAGAACAAAGUGGUGACCAACUCCUCUCUUACAAUUCUUCUGAGAACCAAGAUGAGGAAGGAAGCAAGCAUGUAGACUCAGAAACUACAAAUACAGAGUUGGAGCCAAAGGAGAGACGUCAUGAAAUAAGAAGUCACAAAAACAACUUAACCAUAUCAGAAAGUCACUGUAGUGCUGACAAUGCUUGUAACAUUUGUGGGAAAAGUUUCCGUCGAAGUGGUGAUUUGACUCUCCACAUGAGAACUCACACGGAUGAGAAGCCAUAUCCUUGCAAAACGUGUGGGAAAAGUUUCAGUCACAAAGGUCACAUGGCUCUCCACAUGAGGACUCACGCAGCUGAGAAGCCGCAUCCUUGCCAAAUAUGUGGGAAAAGUUUCAACCAUAGAGGACAUGCAACUCGGCACAUGAGAACCCACACGGAUGAGAAGCCAUAUCCUUGCCAAACUUGUGGGAAAAGUUUUAGGGACUGUAAUUAUUUGUCUGUCCACAUGAGAACUCACACAGGUGAGAAGCCCUAUUCUUGCCAAACAUGCGGGAAAUGUUUCAGUGACAAAAGUCACAUGACUCGCCACAUGAGAUCUCACUCAAGUGAGAAGCUGUAUUCUUGUCAAACAUGUGGGAAAACCUUUAGUCAUGGCAGUCAUUUGACCCGCCACAUGAGAACUCACACAGGUGAGAAGCCGUAUUCUUGCAAAAUGUGCAUGAAACGUUUCUGUAAUAGUGGUCAGUUGACUGUCCACAUGAGAACUCAUACAGGCGAGAAGCCAUAUUCUUGCAAGUUAUGUGGAAAAAGUUUCAAUCAAAGUGGUAUUUUAACUCUCCACAUGAGAAGUCACACAGGUGAGAGGCCAUAUUCCUGCAAAAUAUGCGGGAAAGGUUUCAGUCACAGUGGUGGUUUGAAAAUCCACAAGAGAACUCACACAGGCGAGAGGCCGUAUUCUUGCAAAACAUGCGGGAAAAACUUCAGUCGAAGCGGUGCCUUGACUGUCCACAUGAGAACUCACACAGGUGAGAAGCUCUAUUUUUGCAACACAUGCGGGAAAAGUUUCAAUGUUGGGAGUAAUUUUUUGCGCCACUUAAGAAGACAUUGUCCUGAAACGUCUGUGGAGAAAUAUUGUGAAGAAUUCAUAUACAAUAAGUAGCAUGUAGAGUGUUCAUAUUUGAAGUGCUUUUAGACCGUGUUUCUGCAGUGAUAGUAUGAAUUUACUGCCUCUCAUACAGCUCAGUAUCGAAUACAAUCUGCUUUGUAUGUAUGUCAGACUCAACAAUGAAUUUGAACUUGUUGCUCAGGAUCAUACAUUCAAGUGAGCUGUUUUAUUGUUUUUAACAAUAUUCAAUUUUGGAAAAUGUCAUGUUUAAAGACUAGUAGACAGUUCACUUUUACAAGACACAUAAAACAUGAGACGUUCUUUAGUCGCUUAAGUCUAUAUUUUUUUAGACUGAAUUUUCAGCAUUUGGAUGUUCUGACAAUCGUCAGUAUUUAUUUCGAAAGCACUCUAUGUCAACAACCAUUCUGAUUGCUGCAUCAACAGAGUCAUCUCUCUAAUUAUAAAAAUCUCCACAUUACGCAGUAGGACUCUCGUAAUUAAGGUGUCUUUUCUUGUAGUCAUGAUAUAGUCCCUCAUAAUUAUGUAUGAAUGUCUCCAGACUUUCUUUUGUGAACUUAAUGACUGUCAUAAAAUCAUCAUUGUGAACAAAAGCAAAAUAGACUUCUCAACGGAUUGUAUAAUCAUCUGCAUUACUCUUGGACAAAUCAACACAAACACAAGAAUCGUGGUUAUUGUUUGGUGUUUUCCCUCAGUUCCACCGUUUUGUGCAUUUAAACUUAAUGGAAAUAUAGAAGAUGGCACUAGUGUGAUCUGGUGUCAUUUCACGUCAUAUUCUGAUUGACUUCUCUUAGAUCGUCUUUGUUUAGCACAGUGGUUCCAAAUCUUUUGAUUUACCUCACUUGAAUAACCCCCUUCUCCAUAUUGUGCAAACAAAGCUGUCCUCUCUACAAAUGACACUGUCCAGCCAAGUGAAGGUAACUCAAAAAAUAAAAGCAUGAAUCCACUUUUUUAACAUUCGUGUAAAAUUCUUUGUUCAUCCAUGUUCAUUCAUACCUUGUGUCUUGUGUAUUUGUUUUGGAAUUGCAUCAGCUUUUUCUUUAGUGAAGGCGACACUAACAAAUUGUAAAAGUGUACAAUGUGUUGUUAAAGGCAUUGUAUAAAUAAACUUUUGAAGUUUGAUAAUAAAAAUAUUUCUGUCCCUUU